AUGCCGUAUGUGACCAUCAAAUUUUGCGUGAUCAUCAAGCUGUGUGUGACCAUCAAGUUGUGUGUGACCAUCAAGUUGUGUGUGAUCAUCACGCCGUAUGUAACCAUCAAGCGGAGUGUGAUCAUCACACCGUAUGUGACCAUCAAGUUGUGUGUGACCAUCAAGUUGUGUGUGAUCAUCACGCCGUAUGUAACCAUCAAGCGGAGUGUGAUCAUCACACCGUAUGUGACCAUCAUUUUGUGUGUGACCAUCAAGUUGUGUGUGAUCAUCAAGCUGUGUGUGAUCAUCAUGCCGUAUGUGACCAUCAUUUUGUGUGUCACCAUCAAGUUGUGUGUGGUCAUCAAGUUGUGUGUGAUCAUCAAGUUGUGUGUGAUCAUCAUGCCGUAUGUGACCAUCAUUUUGUGUGUGGCCAUCAAGUUGUGUGUGAUCAUCAAGCUGUGUGUGAUCAUCAUGCCGUAUGUGACCAUCAUUUUGUGUGUGACCAUCAUGUUGUGCGUGACCAUCAAGUUGUGUGUGAUCAUCAUGCCGUAUGUGACCAUCAUUUUGUGUGUGACCAUCAAGUUGUGUGUGACCAUCAAGCUGUGUGUGAUCAUCAUGCCGUAUGCGACCACCAUUUUGUGUGUGACCAUCAAGCUGUGUGUGAUCAUCACGCCGUGUGUGAGCAUCACGCAGUAUGUGACCAUUAAGCUGCAAGCUGUGUGUGAACAUCAUGUGUGA